CCUAAAACAUAUUUUGGGCAUCAGAAGUGUGCCAUCCAGCAACACUGAAUACGACCACUGCACAUCCCUGGAACAUGAAGCUGUUGGUACUGACGGCGAUCAUCGCCGCAGUCGCGUCGAGCCCCCUUUCUCAGGGCAGCACUUGGCCCUGGCAAGUCGGCAAGGAGUACUCCUACGAUGUAAACACCUACACCUGGACUGAAUUCGACCAGAGCAAGAGCAAUGGCAACUCCUUCAAAGCCCAGUUCAUCAUCCGUGUCUUGGCUCCUGGACAUCUUCUUGCCAAGCUAGAGCAGCCCUUGUACGCGCCCGUCAACGAUGAAGUUAUAUCGUACAACGUUUGGCCUAAGGACCUCAAAUACCAACCCGUCGAGAUAGUGAACGAGCCUUUCGAAAUAUUCCUGGACGGAGGACGAGUUAAGUCCUUUUCUGUUCCCAAAGGCCUUUCACUGAACAAUGAGAACCUGUUAAAGGGUCUGAUCAGUGCUCUUCAAGUUGACAUAUCCGCCUACGGUCAUGUACACAGCUUUGCAAACAGCUUCGACAAAGAUAGCUUCCAAGGUCUCUUUAAGAAGAUGGAAACUGAUGUGACUGGUGAAUGCGAAACCCUCUACACAGUGUCUCCGAUAUCUGCUGAGUGGCAUCGUGAGCUGCCGGAAUUCGCAUCAGAGCCCAUUGAGAUCGUUAAAAGCACGAACUACGGAUCCUGCCAAAAGCGCGUUGCUUUCGACUUCGGUGUCCCCGAGGGCGCCGUGUGGGAGGGACUCGCAUACGAAAAUGAGGAGAAACAGUUCAUCAAACACACUUCUGAAUCACGAAUUUUGGCUGGUAAACAAGGUACAAUCUACAAGUCGGAGAAAAUAAGCUCGGUCUUCGUCAGUCCUCUUAUUUUCGGCAAACAGAAAGCUGAAGUGUACAGUUUCGUUAAGGCUUACCUAUCGGCCGUCAAGCCAAUCAGUGGUGCUGAAUGGAAAAACAGUGUAGAAUCCCGCCAAGUAAACUCACUUUUGUUCACUUUCGAUGAGUCUGUGCUCAUUCUUAAAUCUAAUGGGCAAAGAGUAGCCGACGCGCAGAAGCUGCUUCAAGAUAUGACUCCUCUGUUGCAAAACCCCAACAAAAUGCCUAAGGCUGAUUUUCUCGCCAAAUACACUAUUCUCGUACGUAUUAUCGCUUCUCUGAACUCAGCGGAAAUCGAUCAAUUAUCAAAGAGUGUCGAAAUUGCCAAGUCUUCAAAGAACGUUGAAAAGCUGGGUAUGUGGACCAUUUACCGCGAUGCUGUCGCACAAGCUGGUACAGUCACAGCUUUCAAUGAAAUCAAAUCAUGGGUCUUCGCCAAGAAGAUUGAAGGAGAAGAGGCUGGUCAGGUGAUUUCUGGAAUUGGUAGCACCCUUGUGAAACCCAAUAAGAAAAUAAUGGCAGACUUCUUUGACUUUGCCAUGCACCCGGAGAUCAGAGAACAGAAAAUCGUUAACAACUCUGCGCUGUUGGCAGCUACUAAAUUGACGCGUUUCGGCAAAGAGGAAUUAUUUGUGGUAGAAACUGUCAUCCCACGUCUCGCCAAGGAACUGAAACUCGCCGUCGAGAGCGGAGACUUUAACAAGGCUCAAGUCUUCGUCACAGUUUUGGGCAACUUGGCUCACCCUGAAAUCUUAAAGGUAUUCGCUCCUUACAUGGAUGGAACUGUCGCCGUAACCAAAUACCUUCGCAUCCAGAUGGUCGUAAACUUAAAACCCCUGGCUAACUUGAAAAAUGAACAAGUACGCGCCGUGCUCUUUAGCAUCAUUAGGAACACUGCUGAGCCUUAUGAAAUUAGGGCUGCUGCUGCUUUGAACAUCUUCUUGGCUUUCCCUACCGCUGAAAUGAUGCAAAUUCUGGCACAUAUGACAAACGAUGACCCCAGCACCCAAGUUCGCGCUGUUCUCGCAAACACCAUUAACUUUGCUGCCGGUCUUAAGGACCCACGUUUCGCUGAACUGUCAAAGACUGCUCAGUCUGUGAAGAACUUAAUUGCCAAGGAGAAAUUAGGAUACCGUUACUCGACCGCCAGUUUGAUGGAUACCUACACCAACGACGAUGACUACGUCAUCUUCAGAGAACUGGCAUUUAUUGGUAGCAAUGACAACAUCUUUCCCAAAUACCAGAGGACGGCUUUGAGAGCUAGAGGCAGUGGAUUGACUGAAGAAAACCAGAUUACCUUAUCCGUAUCUGAUGUACAACAACUUCUGGAAUACGUUGCACAGUUGGUAUACGAGCCAACUAAGUCUGAUGUCGACUUCAAGUUUUCUGCCCAGAAGGUCAUUGACAUGCUCAAGAUUAAACGCGAACGCAAGGAGCCCCUGCAGGGAGCUAUGUUCCUGGAGAACUUGAACCAGCAGAAACUCAUCACUUUCACUGAAGAAGAUCUUAAGGACUUCCUUAUCAGCACUGUUAAGAACAUGGAACAGUUAUUCAAGGGUAUUGACAUCCAAUACACCAAGGUCUUGUUCCACGACCAGGUAUUGGUUAUCUUCCCCCUUGCUGCUGGUGUGCCAUUCUUCUUUGACUACUCUGAACCUCUUGUGUACUCUAUCAACGGACCAGUGAAAGUCAAAUUCGAUAAGGGCAGUAAAGACUUAGCCGGCACUCUGAAAAAGGACCUGAACUUCACCUAUGCUAGAAACCUGGACGGUAUUGUCGGUUUCCAAGACACACUUGGUAACAAAUACACCUACUCCGGUGUCAUCAACAAAAUCCAAUUCUACUUACCCCUGAAACUGGAGACUACCUACAAGCCUGGUGACAGCAAAUUGAAGUUCGAGCUUCCAAAACAGGAUGCCACCUUCGUCCACCUCAGCGUCUGGCCCUACACAACGUCACAGAAGAUUGAUUCUAUCCUAACUGUUUCUGAGAACCCAGCCACUAAGUACAUCGAGAGGCCCGCUAAGGUAGUCUCUACCGAUGUUAACAUUGGUGAUGUAAUUGGAGUUUCCCUACAACUGCAAGGGUACUCUUACUCUAACGACUUCAAGAACCUCAAGCAACUUUACGAAACCGAUAUUUUGACCAGCUUCGGUACCUUGUUGUACCAGAAGGAUGUUGCUUUGACUAACUUCAACUUAAAAUACCACGCUAAGGAAACGAAAAACAAGGAAAUUACCUUCUCAACCUACUUUAACACUCUGUACAACCAGAAAAACGACGGUGAGUUGGGACCAGCUUCACUUGUCAAGGAUGUCAGUGCCAACAGCGCUGCUCGCCGUGAAGAAUUCGUCAAGCGCAGCGCGGCCGGUAUCGAAUCACCUCAAGUCCAAUUGAUUGACCUCAGCGCUGUUUUUGACGGAGAAAAGAAAGUAGAAUAUGUUUUCACCGCUGCCAUCGCCGAAAGCUUUGUAGAUGACAAAGUUCAAGCCGUAUUCUUCUUCAAUGGCUAUGACCAAAUCAACGCCGUUUUCAAAAUGGUAAAACCUAAAGUUGUUCCAUUGAACUUUGAAAAGGCACUGAAGAACAAAAACAAGGUAACUUUUGAAGCCGAGCUGAAAUACGGAUCUUCCGACAGUAUAAUAUUCAAAGGUUUUGGUGAGCGCACCGAGAAGUACACUGAAAUGUUGCUUAAGGACCCCUUGACCAAGCAAUGCCUUGAGGAAACAAGCCAAGACAACUUCUACCAGAUGGGAUGUUACAAGAUGAUCAUUAAGGCACACGCUCCUGAUUACUAUAAGGCAACAGUGUCUUACAAGGACCUGAGCCCGUCCUACUUGGAAGUCUCCUCCGCUUUUUACGAAUUCUUCAAGAAAAUCUAUGAUUGGGAACAGGAAGACGACUUCACGAAGACCCUGCCUGAUGGUACUUUCGAAAUCGAAUCUAAGACAUUCUACUACGAAGACUACGCCAACUACGUUUUGAAGAGCAAAUACGGAGUCUUCCGUUUGGACAAGGUUGAGUUUAUGCACUACUGGCAAUACGCUGAUGCCUUCUACGCGCCUAUCUCCGACUGGGAACGUUCCCGCAACUGGUUCACUGGCUACCAACACUUGCCAUACUGCGCUGUUGAGAAGAGCAAGAUCUGGACUUUCGGUGGACGCAGCUACGAGUACAGCCUCAGCGGCUCCUGGCACGUCGUGAUGGUGGACGAAUCUAAUGACGCCGGCAAGUUUGUCGACCUGGUCAUCCUCGCUAGGCGCCCCAGUGACAACCAUGAAGAGAUUUAUAUCUCCUACAAGACCGAGGCCGCCAAAUACCUAGAAGUCUACAUUAAGCCCGACUCCGUCGACGUCAAGACCAACGCCAAGAAGGUUUCUUCUGGUGCCCUAACUUCCUACUGGAACGACGAAGAUGAAAGCCCUCUGUUGGAGUACUACUCCCUUGCCGAAGGUGUUCUUGUGUUCAACAUCAACGACCAGGCUAUCCGUCUCAUUUACGACGGCCAGAGGCUGGUGAUCUUCACUGAUGACCACCGUAGCUACACCAGAGGUAUCUGUGGUGAGAGCACAUCUGAGGCUCGCGACGACUACAUGACUCCAUUCGGUUUCGUCGACCAGCCUUCUUACUACGGUGCUGCCUUUUCCCUCGAGGGAGAGUUCAGCGACCCUAAGACUGUAGAGCUGAAGAAGCAAGCCAAGCUGAAGGCGUACCAGCCUGUCACCAAGUACACCAGCAUCCUGUUCUCAGACUCCGAGUGGAACAAGAUCGACAACAGUUUUGCCAAAGGAUUAAACAACGAACCUUUUCCUACGGUGUCUACGUUUUCAAGUCCUCGACAGAUGAAAACGUUGAUCACCUCCGUGGAGUUAAGUCCUGACCUGGAUGUAUUUGCCGAGGAAUGGAACAUGAUAUUGCAUUUUAAGAAUGUUUUAAUCGAAUCAUGUUGCUGGGCGCCGGAUUAUCUUACUAAACCUCAAAACGGUAAGAGCCCUACUGACCACAGAAGCAUGAGAUUAUUAAUACUGACGGCGAUCAUCGCCGCCGUCACAUGUAGCCCGCUCAUUGAGAAUAAGAGCUGGCCAUGGCAAGUGGGCAAAGAAUAUAUCUACGAUGUAGAUACCUACACCUGGACUAAAUAUGAGCAAAGUGAUAGCAAUGGCAAUGCGUUCAAAACUCGGUUCAUUGUUCGUGUGUUGACUCCCGGUCGCCUUGUGGCUAAGUUAGAAAACCCACUGUACGCUCAAGUCCAAGGACAAUUGGACUACAACACCGUGCCUGCUGAUCUGAAAUAUACUCCAGUUGAGGGAUUAGAUCAUCCUUUUGAGAUUCUGGUCGAUGGAGGAAGAGUACUCUCUCUUCAAGUACCUACCAGCCUACCGGUUACCUUCGAAAACCUACUUAAGGGUCUAACCAGCGCCCUUCAAGUCGAUUUAACCACUUUCGGGCAUGUACACACCUUCCCGAACAGUUUUGAUAAGGAAACUUUCCAAGGUCUCUUUACUAAGAUUGAGGCUGACGUCGUCGGUGACUGUGAGACUUUAUACUCAGUUUCGCCCGUCUCUGCGGAAUGGCACCGUCUACUGCCGCACUUUGCUGAGGAUCCCGUUGAAAUCACUAAGUCCAAGAACUACAACUCAUGCCAAAAACGUGUUUACGGUUAUGGUAUGCCAGGUGGAAGCUUGUGGUCAUCAAUCGCUUACGAAAAUGAUGAAAAAGAAUUUCUGAAGCACACUUCUGCAUCGCGUAUUUUUGUAGGCAAAGAAGGCACGAUCUACAAGUCAGAGACGAUGAGCUCCGUUUCUGUAGACCCGCUUUUGUACGGUAAACAAAAAGCUGAGGUCCACAGUUACAUCAACUUUUACCUUGUUUCAAAACAAGACGAAAGUAGUAGUGUUUGGAAGAAAUCAGUUGAGUACCGCAACCUUGAUUCGCUCUUGGUUACAUUGAAUGAAUCAAUUUUCUUUAACAAAGAUACACAAUAUGCUGCCAAUGCCCAGAAACUACUUCAAGAAAUUACUCCUUUACUACAAAACCCUAAGGACCUAUCAACAACUGAUUUUCUUUCGAAAUUCAACAACCUCAUACGUAUUCUUAAGUUCUUAAACUCGGAACAACUUGCACACAUGACUGACACAUUAGAAAUCGCCAGAACCUCGAAAAAUACUGCUAAAUACCAUAUGUGGAGAAUUUACCGCGACGCAUUGGCGCAAACUGGUUCAAUCGCAGCGUUUAAAGAAAUCAGGUCCUGGAUCCUAUCUAAAAAAAUCAAGAGUGGAGAAGCUGCUCUGGUUAUCACCUCCGUCUCCAAUUAUCUCCGCUACCCCACCAAAGAAAUAAUGAAAGAAUUCUUCGAUCUUGCCUUCCACCCCGAUGUUCGUGGAGAGGCAGUAUUAAACAAUACCGCCUUAUUGGCAGCAACCAAAUUUAUUCGGUUCGGCAAUGAUGAGGUGUUUAUCAAGCAAACAGUGAUUCCACGUCUAUCACAAGAACUGAAACAGGCUGUUGAAAAGGGUGACGGUACGGCACAAGUUUACGUGAGAGUUCUUGGUAACUUAGCUCACUCAGAUAUCCUGAAAGUCUUCGCCCCGUACCUAGAGGGUAAGAUACCAGUAACCAAAUACCUUCGCAUCCAAAUGGUCAUUAGCUUGAAGACUUUAGCAAACGCAAGAGAUCAAUAUGUAGGAGCAGUGCUUUUUAGUAUUCUUAAGAAUACUGCCGAGGAUUACGAAGUCAGGGUAGCCGCUGCCUUGAACAUCUUUUUGACCUACCCGUCUGAGGAUAUGAUGAAACUAAUGGCCUGGAUGGCUAAUGAGGACCCCAGUACACAAGUUCGCGCAGUUUUAACAAACAGCAUCACUUUUGCGGCUGGACUUAAAGACCCGCGAUUUGCCCAACUCGCAAAGGCUGCCCAAUCCGUGAUGGAUAUGCUACCUAAGCACAAGUAUGGUUACCGUUUCUCUACGGACAGUAUGAUGGAUGAAUACUCUGCUGACGAUGAGACCUCUUUCUUCAGAGAAGUGUCCUUCAUUGGCAGCGAGAACAACUUGUUGCCAGUCUAUCAGAGAGGAGCUCUGAGAUUCAGAAAUACAGUGGGAAUUGAAGAAGAUUGGUUUACACUAUCAGUCUCCGACAUGCAACACCUAAUCGAUGUUUUCACGAAUAAAUUAGGUAAUUACAAAAGACAAACCAAAGAUGACUUCAAGUUCUCAGCAAAGAAAAUUGCUGAAAUAUUAAACAUGAAACAUAAACAUCGCUGUGACCUAGAAGGUUCAUUUUUCCUUGAUAAUUGGAACCAGCAGACAUUAAUCACUUUUAACGAGGAAUUACUUCUAAGUUUUAUUAAGGAUCCCUUCCAAGGAAAAGGAGAAUCCGAUACAGAGUCUCACUUGGUCAAGUUACUGAGUAGUGAAGAAGUUUCAGUCGUCUUACCCUUGGCUAUUGGUACGCCUUUUGUGCUGGAAUACAGCGAGCCGAUAGCAGUAUCCCUAACAUUUAAAAUAGAACAUGAAGCAAACUCAGAUUUAUCACCGAAUUAUGAACUGCAUUUGACUUACGCAAGAAACAUGGAAGGCCGUGUUGGCUACUUGGAUACAUUCAGGGAUGCUUAUGCAACUGCUGGACUUAUCAGCAAAUUCCAAUUUAACAUCCCUUUAAAAGUUCACUUGUUUAUGAAUCCACGUUUUAAAUUAGACUUCAAAAUGCCAGAGCAAGACAUGAGCCUCAUGCAAUUAAGCGUUUGGCCUUACACCACUGUGCAAAAAUCGGACUCUCUCUUAACUAUAUUUGCUGAACCCGCAACUAAGUUUAUUGAACGCAACACUAAAGUAUUUACUCCAGACUUAAAGUUUGGUCAACAGACUGGCACAGUUUUCCAACUAAAAGGAUACACGUACUCAUCUGACUACAAAAAUCCAGGCAAUUUGUUUGACGCUGAUCUCCUGACAAUUGUACGAGACAUACUUUACCAGAAAGACAUUGCUAUGACUGAGUUUGAUUUCAAGUAUUUAGCUAGUGAGUCACAGAACGAUGCUGUAUCUUUUGACCUUUUCUACGGAUUUAACAACCACAAGCAGGAGGCAGGAGAAAUGGGACCAGCCUCUAUGAUGAACGAUGUGUCUGUUGACGGACGUACUCGUCGUGAAGAAAUGACUAAACGUGUCGCAGCUGGCAUCAAAUCCGCUGAAGUGACGGUUUUAGACUUCAGCACUGUCUUCCAAGGCAAAGAGAAAAAAGAGUAUCUACUUACCGCCGCAAUCGGUAACAGCUACGUAGAUAAUAAAAUGCAAGCCAUGCUAUUUUUCAAAGGCGAACAACAGAUCAACGCUGUUUUUAAGAUUGACAAACCAAAGGUAGUUUUACUAAACUUCAAAGAAGCUUUGAAUAAUGAUAUCAAGGUAACGUACGAAGCCGAUUUUAAGUUUGGUAACUCGGACAAUGUUCAAAUUAAAGGCUUCGGAGAGCGCAGUGAUAUGUAUACCAAAAUGUUAUCCUACGACCCCAUGGCAAAACGUUGCAUGGAAGAAACUACCAAUGAAAUUGUCCACCAAAUGGAUUGCUACAAGAUGAUCAUCAAAUCCCAUGCCCCUGAUUACUUUAGGGCCACUGUAUCUUACAAAGAUUUGAGUCCCGCUGCUUUCAAUUUGACUAACGAUGUAUUUGAAUUGCUAAAACACACGUAUGUAUGGGAAAAGGAACAGAAUGUUAUGGAGAAAACUGAAGAUGGCAAGAUAGACAUUGAAGCUCAGAUGUUUUACUAUGAUAAAUACAUGAAUUUCAAGUCUGUUAGCAAGUAUGGAGUUUUCAACUUGAAAAAUAUAGAGGGUAUGCAAUACUACCCGUAUGCUAUGUCUUUCUACGAACCCCUCAACAGUUGGGAGAGGACUCGCAAUUGGUUCACUGGAUACCAGAAUUUACCUUUCUGCAGUGUUGAUAAGAACAAGGUGUGGACGUUCAGUGGUUGCAGCUACGACUACAGGCUUACCAGUCCCUGGCAUAUUGUAAUGUUAGAUGAGUCGAAUGAAUACAAAGCAACUGACUUUGUCGUCCUUGCAAGGAGGCCCAAUGCCAAUGAGAUGGAUGUUUACGUUUCUUACAAAUCUACUAUUCUUGGCAAGGCCUUUGAGCUCGAAAUCAAACCUAACUCCAUCCAAGUUAAGAGCGACGACUCAAAUGUUUUAACCGGAGAUGUGACCACGUACAUGAGCAGUGUCAGCCGGUCUCCAUACUUGGAGUACUACAAGCAAGCCGACGGCGUCUUCGUGAUUAAAAUCAACAACGGGGCCAUCCGAUUCAUUUACAACGGCAAUACUCUCGUUAUCUUUACUGAUGACUACCGAAGCACCACCAGAGGUAUUUGUGGACAGAGUACAACCCAGACACGAGACGAUUACAUGACUCCUUAUGGCCUAGUUAAUCAGCCUGAAUACUACGGUGCUGCCUACUCUCUGGACGGAGAGUUCAGCGACCCUCAGACCACUGAGCUAAAGAAGCAAGCCAAGCUGAAAGCGUACCAGCCUGUCACCAAGUACACCAACAUCCUCCGCUCUGAUGAUGAGUGGAGCAAAGUUGAGAAUAGAGAAUUAUAAUAAAUUGAAUCCUGUUAACGUUAGAUGGAAACAAAAAACACUCACACCAUUCAUUUCAAGACAUAUUAUUAAAUACAAAAGUAUUAAAGUAAAUUGGUUUCUAAGUUGUGAUAGUUUACUGAAAAGUUAUCAAAAUAACAAUUAUUUGUUAUUUUACAAUUAGAGCAGGUUCAUGAAAUGAUUACCAGAAAGACUUCGAAAACCGUUUAUAUACCAAUACCAACGUAGUGUAUGUAUAAUUAUUUAUUAUGUAUUACUGAGUAUAUACUUAACGCGCGCAUGUAUAUAUAUUUAAGUACUAAUGUUUAAGAAAAUAUAAAAUAUUAAUGGAAACAUAAAGACUUUUUUGAAAUGAAA